AGAGAGCGCGCGCGAGAGCGCGAGCGCCCGAGAGUUCUAGCAUCAUCGCCAUUCACAACCAUCCUCCUCCUCAGCAUCAUCGUCAUCGUUGUUUAUCUGAGCGCGGUCGUACGUCACGUUUUGGCAGCAAGUGGCUUGUUUUCAGCCAUGACCAAAGAGGAGGACCUGGAGAUGCAGGAGAAGGAGCGGCACGACCGCGACGACCAGGAGGACGACGACAGGGUCCAAAGGGAGGAGGAGCUGACAGAGGAGGAGGAGGAGGAAGACGAGGAAAGAGAAGAAGAUGAAGACGAGGAGAGAGCAAAAGAUGAAGACGAGCGGGCCGAGGAGCGCCAGGAUGACGACGAGCGGGAGGAGGGAGGACGAGGUCGGCGGCCGGCGCCGCCGCUCCACGAGUCGCCGGCCGAAGAGGCUGACGAGAGCCAGCUGCAGUCUGUGUCUGCGCUCCAGAGUCCGGUCCGCGAGACCCCACGUCGGGCCGUGGUGCACCCCUCGGCGCAGGCGCCCCUCCCCAAAGACUACGCCUUUACCUUCUUUGACCCCAACGACCCGGCCUGCCUGGAGAUCCUCACGGACCCCCGGACCAGCAUCCCGGAGCUGUUUGCCAUCGUGCGUCAGUGGGUUCCCCAGGUGCAGCACAAGAUCGACGUCAUCGGCAACGAGAUUCUGAAGCGCGGUUGCCACGUGAAUGACCGCGACGGUUUGACCGACAUGACGCUUCUCCACUACAGCUGCAAGGCGGGCGCGCACGGCGUGGGUGACCCGGCGGCGGCGCUGCGUCUGAGCGACCAGCUGAUUUCUCUGGGCGCCGACGUGAGUUUGAGGAGUCGCUGGACCAACAUGAACGCGCUGCACUACGCCGCCUACUUUGACGUUCCGGAACUGGUCCGAGUCCUGCUCAAGGCCGCUAAUCCCAGAGUUCUCAACUCCACGUGCAGCGACUUCCACUACGGGACGGCUCUGCACAUCGCCGCCUCCAACCUGUGCCUGGGUGCGGUCAAGUGUCUUCUGGAGCACGGUGCCAAUCCCGCCGUCCGGAAUGAGAAGGGGCAGGUCCCCGCCGAGGUGGUGCCCGACCCCAUGGACAUGAGUCUGGACAAGGCCGAGGCGGCCACGGUGGCCAAAGAGCUGAAGCGGCUGCUUCUGGACGCCGUCCCGCUGAGCUGCCACCUGCCCAGAGCCACGCUGCCAAACUACGACAACAUUCCCGGGAACCUGAUGCUGUCCUCGCUGGGCAUGAAGCUGGGCCAGCGGGUGGUGCUGGACGACACGAAGACGGGGACGCUCAGGUUCUGCGGUACCACAGAGUUCGCCAGCGGGCAGUGGGUCGGCGUGGAACUGGACGAGCCCGAGGGAAAGAACGACGGCAGCGUCGGCGGCGUUCGCUACUUCAUCUGCCCGCCCAAGCUCGGGAUCUUUGCGCCGGCGUCAAAGAUCUCCAAGCCUGCGGAGAAGAACAUCUCGUCCGUCACCUCCACCCCUCGGACCCCCCGCCGGGACCUGGCCUCGCGCCUCGCCGGGAAGACCAAGAAAGACAAAGACAAGAAGGAGAAAGCCCGCAAGAAGAAGACGUCGGCCGUCGGUCCCGAAGCGGAAGGACUCGACGCCCAGGUGGGAGAUCAAGUCCUGGUGGCCGGCCAGAAGAACGGCAUCGUGCGCUUCUUCGGGAAAACCGACUUUGCGCCAGGUCUGUGGUUCGGUGUGGAGCUGGACCAGCCCACGGGCAAACACGACGGCUCCGUAUUCGGGGUGCGCUACUUCAGCUGCCUGCCCAAGUACGGCGUGUUUGCGCCGCCCUCCCGGGUCCAGAGGAUGGGAGGACCUAAAGAAGGCUCACAGACUGAGGAGAUGUCCACGGUGAAGAAGGUCCACCAAGUCACCAUGGCUCAGCCCAAGCGCAACUUCAGCGCCGUUCGCUCUCCUAAAGAUCUGACCUCCGAGAGCUCCAUAUCCAGGUUGCUCUUCUGCUGUUGGUUCCCGUGGAUGCUGCGAGCCGAGAUGCAAUCCUAAAGGCGCGCAUCCGCGCGUCCCUCCGUCCGUCCGUCCGUCCUCCUACUACCUACAGCUGUGGUGGUCCGAGCCGCCCAAACUCCUGUCCCGCGCUGUCAGCUCACGUGUCUUCUCCAGUCUUUCCUUACACUCUUCUUGAGUGCCUUGUCCAUCGGAUGUUCUGCGUUCCUGCUGAAGAAAGCCUCGCUGCCGCCGGCUCGCACUCGGCUAA